UGAUUACUGGGAGUUGUAGUCUUGACGUAAGCUAGCUGGCAUGGCGUCCUGCAUUGCAGCGGGGCACGGGGCUGCAAUGGGCCUAGGUCGGAGUUUCCAAGCCGCCAGGACUUUGUUCCCCGCGCCGGCCUCUUUCGCCUGCAGGGUCCACGCGGGGCCUGUCCGGCAGCACAGCACUGGGCCUUCCGAGCCCGGCGCGUUCCAGCCGCCGCCGAAGCCGGUCAUCAUGGACAAGCGCCGCCCGGCGGAACAGGAACGCAGGUUCUUGAGUCCUGAAUUCAUUCCUCGAAGGGGAAGAACAGAUCCUCUGAAAUUUCAAAUAGAAAGAAAAGAUAUGUUAGAAAGGAGAAAAGUACUCCACAUCCCAGAGUUCUAUGUUGGAAGUAUUCUUCGUGUUACUACAGCUGACCCAUAUGCCAGUGGAAAAAUCAGCCAGUUUCUGGGGAUUUGCAUCCAGAGAUCAGGAAGAGGCCUUGGAGCUACUUUUAUCCUUAGGAAUGUUAUCGAAGGACAAGGUGUUGAGAUUUGCUUUGAACUUUAUAAUCCUCGGGUCCACGAGAUUGAAGUGGUCAAAUUAGAGAAACGGCUGGAUGAUAGCUUGCUGUACUUACGAGAUGCCCUUCCUGAAUAUAGCACUUUUGAUGUGAAUAUGAAGCCAGUAGCACAAGAGCCUACCCAGAAAGUUCCUGUUAAUGAGCUGAAAGUGAAAAUGAAGCCUAAGCCCUGGUCUAAACGCUGGGAACGUCCAAAUUUUGAUAUUAAAGGAAUCAGAUUUGAUCUUUGUUUAACUGAAGAGCAAAUGGAAGAAGCUCAGAAGUGGAGUCAGCCAUGGCUUGAAUUUGAUAUGAUGAGGGAAUAUGAUACUUCAAAAAUUGAAGCUGCAAUAUGGAAGGAAAUUGAAGCGUCGAAAAGGUCUUGAUUCUGAGAAUGAAUUUGGUUAGUUGCAGAAGAUUAUUGGCUCUAAGAGGAUAUAUUUUGAGACCAAUUUAAUUUCAUUUAUAAGAACAUAGUAAUUAAGUGACCUAAACAUUCAUUGUUUUAAUACUUUUUUGUAAAAUAAAACUUGUACACCAGUUUAUUACUCUAAAAAGAGAAUUACACAUGCCAAAUGGUCCGAUGUCCAUUUGCUUAUUGGAGGUAAAGCUACAAUAGAAGUCAGAGCAUCACCAGAAUGUUCUUUAAUGAGCAUGGAACCUGAGCAAGGGGAAUAGUUGGGGUGAUUUUUUGUAAAUUGAGAAACAAUUCAUAAGCACAAUAAUAUAUGAUUUACAGAAUAAUAAAAUAAACAUUCAUGUACCCACUAUCAGGUUAAGAAAUCGAACAUUUAGUAAUAAUAUCUAAGAAUGUUCAGAAAUAAAACAUUUAAUAAGAUCUCAGAAGAUUCUGGUGUAUCUGCAAUUGUAUCUCUUUCCGUUUUAAAUGUAAACAUCAUCUUGACUUGUUAAUCAUUCCUUUGCAUUUCUUUUAGUUUACUGCCUACAUAUAUUCUUCAACAAUAUAUUUAAUUUUGAAAAACCUGUUAGCAAGUAUAAAAGGGCAGUAUUACUAUUAUUGCAUGAAGGCUUCAAGGGAAACGUUACAGUCUUUGGGUCACAGUCUGGCUUCAGCUCCCCCUGAGAGUUUAAAAGGCCAAUUUUGCAAGUUCAUGGCUAAGGUUAUGAGUGAGUUCUGCUAAACAGAAGGCUCACUACAGGUAUCUGGCAGGAUUAUACUGGGUAACUGGAUGUCGCGGAAAUGUGGUUAGAAGAAGAAAACUUUUUUGAUGCUCACAGCAUGAUGAAUCAAAGUCUACAUUUUAGGAUUAGGUCAAAACAAUACCUUUGGUAUAUGAUAUGAGUGUUGUUGCUGAUCCAUGCAGCAUGGAUUGGAAAGCUGGGGUAUAAUCACACAUGCUUAAGAAAAGCAUGUAAUUUGGUCCAUACUCACCUGGGUAUACUGUUGCUCAGGUUAAAAGGUACAGUACUAUCCUAAAUCUUGAAGGCAACUCUCAACCUGUCCAUUACCUUCAUUCCAUCAUUACCUUCAGAUCUGCCCUCUAAUUCCUAGCUAUCUUGGGACUAACUUCUUUCCUGUGCUCAGCUGUUUUCUGGAUUCCAUAUUUUCCAUUUUAUUGAGUUAAAAAUAUUGUUGCUCCAUUUUCUUUGUUUCCCUCGUUGUAUGGAGAAAUCCAGUGCCAUUUUGAUUUCUGUUUCUCAUAAAUUUAAUGAUGAUGUGCCUUGGUGUGGGUCUGUAUUUAUGCAUUGUAUUGGGUUUUAGGUGAACCCUUCCAAGGUAGUAACUCACUUCUGUCAGUUCUGGGAAACACUUAGCAUUGGUUGAUGAUUUAUUCUCUGUGGCUUUGUUCUCCAAACUAUUUUUUGGAUGCUGGAUAUCCAGCACUGGGUAUCUAUUUCCUUACCUCCCUCCCUUGACCCCAAUAUCUUUGUGUUUUAGCUCUUUAGGUCGAUCUUCCAACUCUUUGCUAUUGUAUUUAAAAAUCUUAAAGACCCCUUCUUGAUUUGUAAAAGUUCCUUUUCUUAUAACCAAAAAGCCUUUAUCUAUGGAUUUGCUCAUAGAUAAAGGGUAUUCAAUAUAGUGUUUGUAUUUUUUUUUCAUUUAAAAUUGUUUGCACAUCUAUUUCCUCCAAAUUUCUUUCUGUAUUUAUUUAUUUAUUUAUUUUUGUCUGUAUUUCAGGCUUUUCCAGGAUAUCUGGUAAUCUUUGGCUGUCUUAUGGUUGAAUGAGGGACUAAAAAGCUUCAAAGCCUUGGGAUUGUGGCAAGGGGUUGUCUUUAGGGUUAUCUGAAUGGGCUUUUUUGGGAGUCCCCUCCUCCACAUGAAUAUUUUGGUUUUGUCAGAUUUCCUAGAAUAGAGGCUUCCAAUCUCCUUCCUGGAGGGGUCUGUCCAGGAAGGAGAUUGUCUAGGGGUCUGUCUGUCAUGCAGCAGCUUUCAGCUACUUCCUUGAUCUUUUUCACUUAUGAUUAUAUAGUCAUGUUACUACUGUCAACAGGUAAUAGAUAUCCUAUCCUUCACUUGUUUAGAUUAUUUGCUGAGAUAACCUCUCAAAAGAACCUCUCAAAAUAAAAGGUUAACAAGAGCCUCUAUCUUAUAUUUUUCUUCUCUUUAUCUUGUUAGAAGAUAGCUAUUAAAACCUGUUCUUUUUCUGUCUUGAUAAACACACUUGAAUAUUGGUAGAAUGGUAGAUGGGUGUAUUUUAGGAUCUAAAGCUCUGCAAAUGUAUGAUCAGCUUGUAAGUACAGGUGCUCAAAAACAUGUAUCCAAUCAUGCUUUUUACUCUGUAGGAGUAUCUUUAAAAUUCUUGUGAAUUUUCCCCCAGAAGUAAAGCAAAUCUUCCCCCAGAAAUAAAAUUAAACAUGCAUAAUCUAAAGCUUUUUUUAUUGUGGUAGGAUAUAUAUAAUAUAAUUUGCCAUUGUAAACAUUUUAAAUUUACAAGUCAGAGGCAUUAAUUACAUUCACAAUGUUGUGAAAUUAUUACUACUAUUUCCAAAAUUUUCUCAUCACCCCAAACUGAAAUUGUGUAACUAUUAAGCAAUAACCUCAUUCCUGUAUCUCUCCCAGCCCCAGGUAACCUCACCUGCUUGUUUUUAUCUUUGAGACAAGGUCUCAUUCUGUCACUCAGGUAAGAGUGCAGUGGUGUGAUCAUAGCUCAUUGCAGCCUCAAAAUCCUGGGCUCAAGCAGUUCUCCCACCUCAGCCUCCUUGAGUAGCUAGGAUUACAGGCACAUGUUCACUGCACCUGGCUGAUUUUGUUUUUUGCAGAGAUGUGGUGUUGCUAUGUUUCCCAUGCUGGUCUUGAGCUCCUGGCCUCAAGCAGUCCUUAAGAUUCAUCCAUGUUGUGGCAUGUAUCAGAAUUUCAUUUGUUUUUAUGACUAAUAUUCCACUGUAUGUGUACACAUGUUGUUUAUCUUCUGAUGAACACUGGGAUAUUUCUACCUUUUGGCUAUUGUGAAUAAUGCUGCAAUAAACAUUGAUAUAAGUAUA